AUGGAGAUCCCAGCGAAUAAUUACGUACAACAGCAACGUCAAUUUUUAUAUGAAUGGUUGAAGAAUGAAAAAGCCUACGAAAAUAAAAGAAUUUUGACGAUAAAUGAUAUGGAUGAACUACAAUAUUUGUGUGUUAAACCAGAUGAUAUAAUCAUUUUACAAGCUAAAAAUGGAAAACCCAUGAAAGUUAUUGGUAGUAAAAAAGAAACCAACGAUUUCCAGACAAAACAACAACAAUGUCACUUUCAUCCACAACAUCUUCAAACAUCGUAUGACCAGUAUCCAUCGACAUCAUUCGUGAACCAUGAAUUAUUAUCAUCAACACUCGAAAACGACCAGCAAUCGAUGUGGCCUUCCGGUGAUGUAGAAUGGUAUACACACGAAAUGAAACAACAACGUCCAAAUUUUAUGAACACAGCAUCCACAAAAUCAGAAUCUAAUCAUGAUCAAACAUCGAAAGAUAUUACACAAUUACAAACGGAACCGAUAAUGGUGCGACGACAAGUACUCUCUGACCAGCCACAACAUCGUGUACAAUUAGAGAAUUUAGAACUGAAACAUCAUCUUGAAUUAAUUCAAUUAAGAUUAGAACAUCUGCACCAACCAUCAUCAUCCGUUAUCCAAUUCGAAACAACGCCCGACCCAUCAGAUCGAGCAGUGGCAUAUCAUACUCUAUCCUUAAUGACAAAAUUAGGAACUAUUGGUAAACAACUCAUUGAGCGACAACAUGUUAAAACGAAAAUGCAACAAGUAUUGCGUUGGAUAUUAUUAUUAUUAAUGCUGAUUAUGUUUGGUGGCGCACUAAUAAGUCAAAAAAAGACAUCAACGGAUGGCAAUUAUGGUUCUCUUGGUCUUGAAUUAGUGUUAUUUAGUACGGAUAUUAACCUUGCAUUCGAACAUGAAGAUCGAUUUAUUGCUGGUUUAUUAGGCGAUAAUAAAAUUAAAUUAUUGAAUCAUUGGAACUGGCUUUGGCCGUAUAUGGUCCCAUAA